UCGCUCCUAUCCGCCCUGAAAGCCAUAGGUUGUCUCCGUGGCUCGGAAGACGUGUAGACCUCGACUGGUUCAGGGCGGCCACCGGGUGGCUGCGAGGCAACAUCGUACUUAAAAAGCUUUAAACAUCUACCUGCCGUGUAAACACUGAAUUGUUAGCUGAGGAAACUCGUGAGAAAAAGCGGGCAUCAUGGAAGUCGUUGAGAAUGAGAACUACAAGCCACCCCACGCCAACGAGGAUGGCCUCGAGAGGGACGAAGCGGUCACCGAAAAGCUGGUGGCCCAAAGUGACGGCACCAAGAUCACCUUCACCAACAGCAAGGCUGAUGGAAAGGAUCGCAAUGGCGACGCCAAGAUUGAAAUUCAAGGCGUUGAGAGCCAGUUUGUUGGCCUGAGCAAGGAAGAGCUCAUGAAGUACGCCAACGACCCGUUCUGGGUGCGUCUGCGCAUGACCCUGUUUGUGCUCUUCUGGGUCCUCUGGCUGGCCAUGCUGGUGGGCGCUGUCGCCAUCAUUGUGCUGACACCGCGGUGCGCUCCACCACCACGCCUGGCGUGGUGGCAGAGCUCGCCCGUCUACAAUGUGGAGGUGGCCUCCUACGCCGACGGCAACGCUGACGGUCGCGGAGAUAUCGCGGGACUGACAUCCAAGCUGAAGUACAUCAAGGAGCUGGGAAUGCGCACUCUCCUGCUGAGUGACAUAUUUUCGAAGGACGCGAAUGGUGCCACCAAGGACUAUCUGGAAGUGGACCCGAGCCUCGGCACAUUGACCGACGUAGAAGCUUUGCUCAACUCUACCAAGGAGAAAGAGCUCCAUGUGGUCUUGGAGAUCAACCCUGCCUACACUAGCAGGGAUCACCAGUGGUUCCUAGACAGCAGCGAGGGCAAGGAUGGGUUCCAGGACAUUUUCAUCUGGGAGCAGGGUGAUGAAGCUGCGCCCCCUGAAGGCGUGAUGGCGUCUGGCGAGUCGGCAUGGACCUAUGACGCCACACGGAAGGCUUUCUACCUGCAUCAGACCUCCUCCGACUCGGCUGAUGUCAACUGGAAAAGUCCUAAGGCUCUGGAGCUUUUCACCGGUGUGUUACGCUUCUGGCUCGAACGAGGCGUGAGCGGUUUCCUGGUGAGCCACACCUACCUGGACCGCACCGCUGUUGCUAAGCAGGCUACCUUCGCUACGGAGCAAGACGUGCUGGGCGUGCUGAAAGAGUGGCGACAGGUUCUCGGCAACUACUCCAGCACUCACGAGACUGAGCACAGGUUGCUCGGCGUUCGAGUGGACAAGGUGGCAUCCGAAGCCUCACCGUUGUACGGAUCUGACGACGAGCCCGCCGCGGAUUUGGUGCUGAGCAAGCCUUUCGAGCAGCUUGUCGGCAAGCCCGGCGCCACCAGUCUCCGAGGGUUCGUGCAGGAAACCCUGGACGUAACACCAGAGGGCAUGUGGCCAUCAUUUGUGUUGGGUAGCGCCAGCUCUUCCCGCCUCAAGGAGCGCGCCGGUAUGCUUCUGGAUGGUCUGCACAUGGUGGCCGCCCUGGUUCAAGGCACGCCCGUCUUCUACAACGGCGACGAGCUCGCGCUAGAGUGCUCUGCAAAACCAUGUCUAAUGCCUUGGGCUGAGGAAGGAGCAGCUAAUCCUGGCGUCACUGCAGAGGCGCUGGUGGGCAACAGUACGCACCUGGAAGUUGUGCGCCACUCAACCGCGCUACGCGACAAGCUCGCCGUCAGGCUGGGCAGCACGGUGACAUCAGUGCUGGGUGGCAACAGCACCGUGUUCGUCAUGCUCAGGGUGCGCAAGGGCACGCCGGGCUACAUGGCCGUGGUCAACGGGGACCACGAGCAGGUGACGGUGAACCUUGCCGAUGCAAGCAGUCACGUGCCCGAGUCCGGGCACAUAGAAGUGAAGAGCACGGACUCUACCAAGGUGGUGCAGUCCAAGGUCAAGCUCAACGAGUUCACCUUGGAUGCCCAUGAAGCUGUUAUUCUGCAGUUUGUGCCGAUAUUUGAGUAAAGCCAGUAGUUACUUGGCUUCUCGUCUUCAAGAAGCAAGACUGGACGUUUGACGUACUGGCUUAGGAAUCGGCAAACAGCUGGGAUUGCACAGUCUGCUGACCUCUGGAUGGUGGAACUCCUUUGACAAUUAUGGGCCCUCAAGCUCUUUUUUUUUUAUUUGUUUACAUUGUAAUCGUGAUGUCUGAAGCUUUCUGAUUUCAUGAUCGAUUACCUACUUCAAAUUCGGUAUACAUUCUGGAUAUUACAACUCGCUCAAAUGUUAACGCGUGACGCUGUCGAGCAUGUCUUGAUGAAUGAUGUAAGCAAAUCAUUUAAUGUUAUGGCUUUAAGUGGAAUGGUAGGGUGCUCACUUUCCUGACACAAUGGUUUGAUUCCCGGUGAGAGAAUGAUAUUGAAAUCCCGGUAAGAGAAUGAUAUUGAAAAAAAAAAAAAACAUUUUUCAUUCAGUGCAGUACUGCUUGCCAUUACCUCCUUUUAUUUUUCCAAGUACGUAUAUACAUUAUCAAAGUUGUUACGAGAACUUGCAGCCCUGUUAACGGCGCGAUGGCACUUCGUCUACUUGUCGACGGGCCUUUUACGUUGGCCACGGUGUUUUGGACGUAGUGAGCUAGCUUUGGGAGAUACGUACAUGACACAAGAUUGUGAAGGGUGUUCUCACGAUAUUGGAUAUUAAUUUAACGUUAAGGACCCUGAGGAGAAUCUGGACAGGAUUAUAAUUGAGGCAGGAAUUUGAAGGAUGCCUCUUCUCUCUUGCAAUUAAGAACAAACUUUCUAAAAAAAAAAAAACAAGCAUCCUGCCGUUGUUUGGUGAUCAAUGCAUCUUGAAACCAUGGAUGGCCCUCUAGCCUGUGCUCCUAGUGUGUGAGAUGUGCCUAGCACGUCUAUACUCGAAAAGCAAAAAUAAAGUUGAUUGCAGCAUAA